GCUCCAGCGACUCGGAGGCUGUACCGUUUAAUAUGAGUGUGGCCAAUGAGAGCAUCUCACGGGAGUUCAUUCUCUUAGGGUUUUCAGAUCGGCCAUGGCUGGAGCUGCCACUCUUUGUGGUGUUUCUAGUGUCCUAUAUUCUGACCAUCUUUGGAAAUAUGAUGAUCAUUCUUGUGUCCCGCCUGGAUUCCAAACUCCACACCCCCAUGUACUUUUUCCUCACUAACCUGUCCCUGCUGGACCUGUGCUACACCACAAGCACAGUCCCACAGAUGCUCAUCAACAUAUGCAGUACCCGGAAGGUGAUCAGCUAUGGUGGCUGUGUGGCCCAGCUUUUCAUUUUCCUGGCCUUGGGUUCCACGGAAUGCUUUCUCCUGGGCGUCAUGUCCUUUGACAGGUUUGUAGCCAUCUGUCGGCCUCUCCACUACUCAGUCAUCAUGCACCAGAGGCGCUGCCUCCAGUUGGCAGCUGCAUGUUGGAUCAGUGGCUUCAGCAACUCAGUAUUACAGUCUACAUGGACCCUUCAGAUGCCACUGUGUGGACACAAGGAAGUGGACCAUUUCUUUUGUGAAGUCCCUGCCCUGCUCAAGUUGUCCUGUGUGGAUACAACAGCUAAUGAAGCAGAGCUGUUCUUCAUCAGUGUGCUGUUUCUUUUAAUACCCGUGACCCUCAUCCUCAUAUCGUAUGCUUUUAUUGUCCAGGCAGUGUUGAGAAUAAGAUCAGCUGAAGGUCGGCGAAAGGCAUUUGGGACAUGUGGCUCCCACCUCAUCGUGGUAGUCCUUUUCUAUGGCACUGCCAUCUACAUGUAUCUGCAGCCACCAUCCCCUACUUCCAAGGACCGGGGGAAAAUGGUGUCUCUCUUUUAUGGGAUCAUCACACCCAUGCUGAACCCCCUCAUCUACACACUCAGGAACAAAGAGGUAAAGGGAGCGUUCAAGAGGUUGAUGACAAGGAUCAUCCUGAGUAGAAAAUAAGGGAUGCCUGAGUAA